UCUCGCAACUUAACUUCUCCAUCUAUUUUUACGGGCAAGAAAUAUCAUAUAUCUUUGAAUUAGUUGGAAUAAUGUAUGAAGACUGUGAAAUAUCAAGAGAGGUAAAUCUUGGACGAAGUUAAAAGGUAAUGGAGAACAUCGGUGAGGGUGACAUAGGUCGAACUGAAGGAAAGGAGAAGCUCUCGUCUCGCUACGAUUUCGGAAAACGAUGGCAUCGCUUUCGGAUUCUCACACCGCGUUCCUUCAUCCUUCGGGGUUCCCGCGCGAUGGGCGAUCCUCGAUACAAGUAUAAAAGCCGUGGACGGCAAGCGGUACCGUGCUCGGUAGUGGCUAUCGCUUACGGACGUCUGUUCGAGCCAAAGGAGUGGACGAAGGAACACGUGGAUCAAGUGCUCGAAUACGGCGACAGGUUGUUCCGCACGAGCGCCGCGAGAACGCGGUUGAAGGACGACGAGUACAUGAGGACUAAUCGCGUGUACAACGAAUUCUACGUCGAUUUCUGCAAGAUCCUAGUUGGCAUCGAAGACAGCGGUAUCCACGGCAAUCUCUUGAGUGGGUCUACCGGCUGCACCGAUCUCGCCCACGGUCUGCACAAGUUUUUACGGGACAAUGAUUCUGGAGUGAUCACCGCGCAGGGUAGUUCCGUCGCUUUUUGGCGACAAUCUCCUGAUGCCAAAAAUAUUUUGUAUUACGACCCGGCAUCGUGCGACGAGAUCGGUUUGCGUUGCCCCGGCGGCGUAGCCUGUCUAAUGAGAUUCAAGUGCAUCAGUGAUCUGCACGAUCAUCUGCUGAAGAAUCUGGAUCAGCGUUACGACUCCCGAUACUGCAUCGACAAGGUCACCGUGUUGCGCGUUACAGAGGUUGGUCGCGGUUUCAUCGAUCGUCUACCCGAUGGUUUGCCGAUAAUCCGGAGGAGCAUAUUGCGAUCUAUCGAUGUGUCGGACGAGCAUAAGACUGACUGCACUAAGCCAAUACCCAAGGAUGACAAGUCGCGCACACCCGCGAGGAUACGCAGGGAGCCGCUGUCGAUUGUCAUCUCGAAUUACAGCAUCGAUCGUCGCUUCGCCACGGAGCCAUUGGUGAGUCGGAAUGAUUUCGACACCGGCUAUUCCUACGAUGAUAUGCGUGUCAACGUACCGUCCACGUUCAGAGAAUUACGCGGCAAAAUGGCGAUUCUUCAUGGUUUUACUCAUGAAGGCAGCGAGAUUUACAAGGGCAAAGGCGACCAAAACGUGGCCAAUUGUGUAGUGGCUAUUGCUAUGAAAAAGAUUCACCCCGUGAAGAUGUGGAUAAGGUCGAAGCUGGAUGAGAUUCUGAAACUCGGUGAUUCGCUUUAUGCUAGCGUCAAAUCCGACAAGCCAAUGAUAAAGACGGUGACAGCUGCUGAUCUGAAUGACGCGAAGCUCCAAGUGAAUGAUCGUCAAUUGGUAGUAGAUGUUGAUCUGAUCACUGUGAUCGGCACGCUCAGCUCCAAAGUGCCAUCGGUGUUAAACCUGAAACAGGCGUUGGAAGAGUUUUUUCUGGUAAACGAAGAAGGCGUAAUUGAGACUACGUCCAUGGCGGUAGCAAUCUGGAGCCAAGACGACUAUUACUAUCUAUUCGAUCCUCGAGCCUGCGAUACCACUGGUAUCAGAAUUGCGAAAGAGGAUGCUAAGGUCGCAGAGAGAGGAAGAAAGGAGGAAAUCGCACUAAAGGAUAAAAAGGACGAAGGAAACUGCUGUGUGAUUCGAUUUCCCGACAUUGAUUCGUUGAUCGCUCUGUUUAUGAAGAACGUCGAUCCGGCAAGGAAAAAUGAUCGGUUCACGAUCAGACAUGUUGCGAUCGUGGACGACGUAGUCGGCACUCGACCUUGGAACGAUUUUCAGCCUGGUGAGGCAGGUAAGACAUGGGUAUUGCGCGGUGAAAUUUCCAACAUAGACGAAUCGUUCGAGGAGGAGAAUCAAGGGGUUCAGGGUCUCACUAUGCCGGUAGUGGCUCUGGUAAGUGCAUCGGAGACGCCACCGGCGAGAUGGAGUAGCGGGACUGUCGACGAAGCUGUCAGAGAAGGUAACGCUUAUUACAACUGGUGCAAGCCUGCCGAAACGGAAGAGGAAAUUGAGGAAAAGCCACUUCUCAUUCAAGAUUUGAAAAAAAACUUGUACUUUAAGAAUCGAAAAGUGAUUAUUGAUGUGGAGGACUCGGCGAUCGUCGGCAAUCUAUUGGCAUCGGAUGACUCUGAACUGCUUAAUUUAAAAAAAGGUCUGCAUCAGUUCUUCGAAGACAAGCAAUAUGGAAUAGUCGAGGUGAGGAAACUCUCAGUGGCGGUAUGGAAAGUUGAGGAAGAAGUAAACGGCAAAGACAAGGAAACAGUCUACUACUACUUCGAUCCGAAUCCGCGGGAUAAAUUAGGUCAAUUGUCAGCAGAGCCAGCCGAAGAGAAUUCUGCCUGCGUGGUGCGUACGUCGGAUCUUUCGACGUUGGCGAAUCUCAUCGAGAAGAACGCUGGACAGGAUCCUACAAAUAACGAUUUCGUGAUACAUGAGUUAAAAAUCGUCUCUAUCGGCACGUCAAUGACAGACGAGGAGAUUGAAGCGGAUAAAUUGAUACCGAUUAAGCCGGAUCUGAAUAACUACUCUAGUCUGGGCGACACUGGCGCUCUACUUUUAGGCACUAUCGAGCAAGGAAACGAGACAGCUUUUAAACGGCAAACAAGAGACAAACAACAGGCCGGCAACUCUUUAGUGGCUUUGGCAAUGACCAAACUCUACAAUCCUCAUCUGUGGUAUCGCGAACUUGUGGACGACAUCCUAAGGAUCGGCGACAAACUCACCGUCGAAAACCUAGCAAAUCUGCCCGAAGCGGAGGCUGAGGAGGAAACGCCCAGGAAUUAUCUUCUUCCAUCGGAGUUUGCGGAAGACUUCACUAUAGGUGUCAAUCGAAUGUCGAUUGGUCUUGAAGAAGAGUUUAUCGCCGGAAGAACGGCGGAUACAUCGACGAUACUGGAGCAGUUCUUUGAAGGGAACGCGAUGGGAGUGUUUCGUCAGAAUGACAUGAUGAUGCCGAUUUGGAAGGAGGGCAAUGUGUACUUUACAAUGGACCCUAGAGGCAGGGACGCUCGCGGUGAACCUGGGAAGGAUGGAGCCGCAGUGAUGUGGUUCACCGAUAUCCCCUCGUUGGCUGGCGUUCUACAGCAAGUCGCGCAACAGGGUGACGAUUUCGUCAUCGAUGCCAUCACGAUCGGGAACGCAUACGAAACGCGAGUGGCCGAAGCACAACGAAUUAAAAAGACUACCUCCGGAGAGGAUCUGUGGCAUCAUUUUCCCAAACUCGCCGAUGGUGUCUGGAGCAUCGACGGUAAUAUCGCCAUGACAGACGAGAGAUUCGACGAAGCAAAUCGCGGCAAACAGAGCGCAGCUAUUGCUGUGAUGGCCAUCGUUUUUUCCAAGGUCUAUCAAGCGAAAUACUGGACUCCGUCCAUUCUUGACGAAGUUAUCAUCACCGGCGACAAACUGCAUUCGAAAUGCGUCGAGCGACUGGGCAUGGAUUCGGUACCCUUGGUGAACGAGAUUAUCAGCGAAUUCUUCUUAUCCGGUCGAAGCAUCGUUCUAACAAUCAAGGACUGCGUUCAAGCGGGCAAUCUUGUCGGGAGACCGCCCAAGAUUCAUGAUCUGCGGACUGGUAUCGACAACUUCUUCGAUAAGUACAACGCCGGCGCGUUGAGCACGCCGGGAAAUCGAAAUAUUGCCAUAUGGAAGAACGACAACACUAAUUAUGCUCUAAUACCCGACUGGUCUAUCGUCACAGACGAGACCGCAGUGACGGUACCGCGAGUGUUCAGAUUCAGAGACGCGAGUCAUCUUGUAGAAUAUAUUUUGCGUCAUUUGGGAACGACGGACGAUUAUCAGAUUACCGCGAUCGAUGUGAUCAUCGAUAAGCCUUGGAGAUUCGAUCCUAGUCCGGCGAUUCGGCCGGCGAAUUUGCCUCCCUUGAAUGCUUACAAAAAAUUGCCGGGCGAGGCGCGAGCGAUUCUGCGUGGUAACUACCAUCAGGGUGACGAGAUCUUCCCCGAAAUUUUGCGCAACCGACAAACUGCGACGAAUUGCGUGGUCGCGCUUGGUAUGUCGAUCGUGAAGAGUCCCGUUACCUGGACGAAGAAAACUAUGGAUGAGAUCUUAGCGAUCGGCAGUGCCGUUCAUCGAGAAUCGUGCAAGGCGAGACCAACUAAAUCGAGAUUGAGACCGAAGGAUGUCAUCAGAGUAUUCUAUGUCGGUGUCAACGUGUUGACUGCUGACAUCGAGCCCAAUACUAUGAGCGGUCUAGUGACAAUCGAUAAGGAAGAAGAAAUGAAGAAAGAACAAGAAGAUAAAACAAAAAAGAUUGACAAAGACAAAAAGGAAAUUCUACGAGAACGACCGCCACCUCCGCCUCCGAUUUUACUUGAGGAAGGUCUGCAAAAAUUCUUCCAAAAUAACCGUGCUGGCAUUCUAGUAGUCGAUCGCGAUAUGCUCGCUAUUUGGAAGGAUUUGGGUAUCUACUUCAUGUACACUCCUAAAGCGAGAAACGAUCAGGGUCUGCCAGAUCUCGAUGGAACUUCAUGCACAAUGUGGUUCGCCUGCAUAGAACCUUUGUACGACGCAAUCUUCGCAAGCAUUGAUCCGCACGAGAGAUAUGGGACUUUUGAAAUCUGUCGGGUGAUCGUAAAGACUGCUGUGAUAAAACCCUUGCCAUGUCCAGCUGGUUUCCAACUUCAUUUAGAUCCUAGUGCGUCACUUGCGCCGAUCAUCUCCGCGAAAAAGAUUCCUACGUUGGACGUGAAGCCCCUGAGUCAGUAUAUCGCCGUGGAGGAGUUCGAUGUUCUACGCGGCAACCUGCACAUGUGUCAUCGCGUUUUCGGCCUGAGGAACAGAGGUCACCAAAGCACGGCGAUUGCGGCAGUCGCCGUCGUAGUCGGACUGUUACAUGUGCCGUCUACGUGGACGCCCGAGCUGAUUGAUGCUGUACUUAGAUACGGCGAUUUACUGUACUCGGACAGCGCACGUUGUGCUCGCGUGAACGCCAGGAAUCUGUCACCCAGUGAGCUGCUCACAGUAUUCAUCGUGGGCGAUCUCCGGGCCACCAUCCACGUUCACAAUCACACAGCCGCGGGGAUACUCCAUACCUUCGAUCUGUCGCAGGCGCUUGCCAUGUUUUUUCGCACGAAUUGCGCCGGUAUUCUGCAUACGGCCAAUCUGGCGGUAGCCGUUAUGCAGCACUAUGGUAAAUUCUACAUGUUCGAUCCGUGCGCGAGAAAUGAACAAGGCAGAUUUGCCUACGACGGAGCCGCCUGCGUGUUUAGGUGCAGCAGUGUCGCGAAAAUGGCCGGAAUUUUUGUAACUAACUGCAAUCUUAAACGGCCAAACGUGUACACUCUGAAUGCAAUCAACGUGUUGAACCUGCAGUUCUUCUCGGAUGCGCGAGACGUUUGUCCACCCAAGUGCGAACAAUGAUACGUUUUCUUGUCAGGUUUUUCUGUGUGAUAAACGCAAUGCAAAAAUCGUUAA